AUUAUUAUAUUAUUGCUAAUCCUGCACAUCUCCUCAACUUUCAUUAAUCCUUUUUAGAAGUAUGCAGUUCUUUCGUUCCUCAUAACCUCAGUUCUUGCCUACUUUUCUUCAACGGCGCGUCAAUUUCACUCUCCUCCCUGGAUGGGCCAAUCGGCAUCCAUCCCUUCCAACUCACCCGAGUUAACUCGCCACCAUUCCCGUUCCUUCUCCUUCACAUCUCGCUUCGCCUCCUCAUCCCGCAAAACAUCAACCCCCAUGAUCCACCCACCGUCUCCACCUCCACAACUUGACCCGCUUACAAAACCCGAGCCCAUUUACUCUGACUAUACAUCAGAAAUCCCCGACGAAUGUCUCGCCCAAGUAUUCCAAUCCCUUUCCUCCGGCGACAGAAAAAACUGUUCUCUCGUUUGUAAACGCUGGUUUCUUGUUGAAGGUCAAAGCCGAUGUCGUCUUUCUCUAAACGCCGCUGAAAAAAUCUCAACUCACUUGCCGAAUAUUUUCUCAAGAUUCAAUUCGGUCAAAAAACUCGCUCUCCGAUGCGACCGUAGAUCCGUAAGUAUAAGCGACGACGCACUCGUGUUGAUCUCUCUUCGUUGCAGAAACCUGACUCGUCUUAAACUCAGGGGUUGCCGUGAACUGACUGACCUUGGAAUUGCCGCCUUCGCUCAGAAUUGUAAGUCUCUCAGAAAACUAUCUUGUGGGUCUUGUGUUUUCGGUGUUAAAGGGUUGAAUGCUGUUUUUCAACACUGUACUUUACUUGAAGAAAUCUCCAUUAAACGUCUUCGAGGUAUCAACAACGAGUAUGGUGGUGAAUCCGAGCUUACCCCAGAGCUCAUUGAGCCUGGGAUGGCUGCAAAGUCAUUGAAGAGUAUAUGUUUAAAGGAGCUCUACAAUGGGCAGUUAUUCGGGUCGUUAAUAGUCGGGGCGAAGAAUCUGAAAACGCUGAAAUUAAUCCGGUGCUUAGGGGAAUGGGAUAGGGUUUUGGAAAUGAUGGCUUGUUCAAAUCCAAAUGAUUUUAAUAUUGAAAAUCAUGGGUUAGUUGAAAUUCAUUUAGAACGAGUACAAGUGACAGAUUUUGGGUUGUCUGCAAUUGCGAAUUGUGCUAAUUUAGAAGUUUUGCAUCUUGUUAAAACACCAGAGUGUACUGAUUUAGGUAUUGUCUCAUUAUCAGAGCGGUGUAAGCUAUUAAGGAAGGUUCAUAUUGAUGGGUGGAGGACUAAGAAGAUUGGGGAUGAAGGGUUGAGUUCAUUAGGGAAGAAUUGUGUGAAUUUGCAUGAAUUGGUUCUAAUUGGGGUUAGUCCUACUAUGAUAACUUUAGAUGUUAUUGUUUCGAAUUGUCGGAGUUUGGAGAGAUUGGCGCUUUGUAGUUGUGACAGUAUUGGUGAUCAGGAGAUGUCUUGUAUUGCUUCAAAAUGCUCAGCAUUGAAGAAGUUUUGUAUCAAAGGGUGUCCAAUUUCGGACUAUGGAUUGGAAGCAUUGGCAUGGGGAUGUCCGAAUUUGGUUAAGAUUAAGGUUAAGAAGUGUAGGGACGUGACUAGAGAUGUUGUUGAAUGGUUAAGGGAGAGGAGGGAGUCAUUGAUUGUUAAUUUAGACUCAGAUGAGAUUGAGGCUGUUGAUGCUAGUGCUAGUGAAGCGGGCGGUGUGCAAGAGGAUGGGGUGGAUUUUCCGGCUGUGGAGACGAAUGUUGCAUCUGUUGAGGAUGCUCCGGCAAGUAGUGCUGGUCGUGGGUCGUUCUUCAGGGCGAAAUUUAGCUUUUUGUCUGGAAGGAAUAUAGCUGCUUGUGCUUUGAGAAGAUGGUCUGCUGGAAGCAGUAAUACUAAUGGGUAUCAAUGAACAAUUCUCCUUCAAUUUGAUUUGUAAUCCUCCAUUUCAUCCUUUUCUUGCAUGUUAUUUGUGUUACUUAGACUCGGGUACUGAUGUUGGAUACUGGUAGGUGUCCAAGUGUCGGAUAUAUUUAAAUAUUCAAUUACGCCUAAAAUGAAGUGUGUAAGUGUCGUACCAAUGUCCGAGCAUCAAGGAUCGGACGAGGAUAUGUAAAGCAAAAUGAAGAAUCUGAGUAACAUAGCCUGUUAUGUUUGACGCAUUACCUACUUUCUACUUGCAUACUUGGGUGUGUUUUAUUUGUUCAUCCUAGUUAAUGUGCUGAAUCCAAAAUUGCGAUGAUAAUAUGAGAAUGGUUGUUUCACAUAUGUACUAUUAUUUUUGGCAUGAAUAGCCACAAAGAUUUGUUAUUGAUAA